CAAGCCAAACGUCUCGCUGCGUCUGCGCAACAACACGUCACUUGACACCAUGCUGUCCCUACGCUGUUCACGAGGCGUUACUGCGGCUUUGAAGCCGGUUAUGCAGGCGAAGGCUGUUAAAUCCGUGGCUCCUCAAGCUUCGAGAACCUUCAGCAUCCUCACCCCCCUCCGCCCCUCCCUGCAACCCCGCGCCCUCGCCCGCGCGCCUACCUCCGUCUCCUCCUCCGCCGCCAUCGACACCACCACAACCACCACCAGCGCGUCCAGCAGCGAGAUCCUCGACCUCCUUCCGAAAAUCAGCACGCACCCCUCUCUAGCGGGUAUUCAAGUGCGUUGCGGGCCGAGGAAUACGUUUAGUCCGUCGCAUUUUGUGAGGAAGAGGAGGCAUGGGUUUUUGUCGAGGGUGAGGACGAGGAAGGGGAGGGCGACGCUGCAGAGGAGGAAGAGUAAGAAUAGGAGUACUUUGAGUCAUUAGAGGAGGGGAGGGGAAGGGAUAUUGAAGGAAGAGGGGAGGGGUGGAGUGGAUAAAAGUGUUGGGGGAAAGGGAGGGAGAAGGAAAAGGUGGUGGUGGUUGUACGAUUUUUUGGAGGGUGUGUAGUGUAUGUGUAUACUUAUGGGUUGGGGCAUAGAUAUUGGGAAACAAAACAGAAUGAAGGAACAAUAUACUCUCAACGAGCAUGUUUCCUACAGUUAUAUCCCUUGUCACUGAACUGUGAGAUGUCGUCCAGAAGAGCAGUAGCAAACUGGCCAAGAACGAGGUGUACCGGGUCUUACGGUGGGAUAUUGGAGCAUAGAUUGGGAAACAAAAGAGAAUGUGGAACAAUAUCCUGCCAAUGAGCAUAUUUGCAGCUUCUCUCUUCCACUGCUCAGUCAAUUGCAAGAUGUCGUCUAGAAGUUAAGCAGCACAUUGGCCAAGGACGAAGUGUACGAGAUCUUGCGGUGGGAUAUUGAGGGUAUAUGUAUUGGGAAACAACAGAGAAGGAAGGGAAAAUACACUGUCAAUGAGCAUAUUUCCA